AUGAUUGUUUGGUUGCAGGACAAAGGGCCAAAAUGCAGGUCUGUCCCGCACAGUCCGGGACAUUUGGUCACCCUCGGCCCCUUCCAGAGAGACCAGCACCACCCUACACCACCAGGCUCCAUCCAGAGAGACCUGCAUCACCAGGCUCCAUCCAGAGAGACCAUCUCUACCCUACACCACCAGGCCCUAUCCAGAGAGACCAGCACCACCCUGCACACCCAGGCUCCAUCCAGAGAGACCAGCACCAACCCCACCCUACAACACAGGCCCUCCAGAGAGACCAGCACCACCCAACCACCACCCGGCCAUCCAGAGAGACCAGCACACCUACACCAUCGGGCCCCUUCCAGAGAGACCAGCACCACCCUACACCACCAGGCCCCAUCCAGAGAGACCAUCUUACCCUACACCACCAGGCCCCAUCCAGAAGAGACCAGCACCACCAGGCCCCAUCCAGAGAAGACCAUCUCUCCCUACACCACAGGCCCCAUCCAGAGAGACCAGCACCACCGGGCUCCAUCCAAAGAGACCAUCUCUACCCUACACCACACAGGCCCUAUCCAGAGAGACCAGCACCACCUGCACACCCAGGCUCCAUCCAGAGAGACCAGCACCCUUCCUACACCAUCGGGCCCCUUCCAGAGAGACCAGCACCACACCUACACCACCAGGCCCCAUCCAGAGAGACCAUCUCUACCCUACACCACCAGGCCCCAUCCAGAAGAGACCAGCACCACCAGAAGACAGCACCACCCACCACCAGGCCCCAUCCAGAGAGACCAUCUCUACCCUACACCACCAGGCCCCAUCCAUCCAGAGAGACCAGCACCACCAGGCCCAUCCAGAGAGACCAUCUCUACCCUACACCACCAGGCCCCAUCCAGAGAGACCAGCACCACCGGCUCCAUCCAAAGAGACCAUCUCUACCCUACACCACCAGGCCCCUCAUCGGAGAGACCAGCACACCCGCCACACCGGCUCCAUCAGAGAGACCAGCACCACCUACACCAUCGGGCCCUUCCAGAGAGACCAGCACCACCCUACAACCACCAGGCCCCAUCCAGAGAGACCAGACCCCUACACCAUCGGCCCCUUCCAGAGAGACCAGCACCACCCUACACCACCAGGCCCAUCCAGAGAGACCAUCUUACCUACACCACCAGGCCCCUCCAGAGAGACCAGCAACCACCGCCCAUCCAGAAGACCAUCUCUACCCUACACCACCAGGCCCCAUCCAGAGAGACACAGCACCACCGGGCUCCAUCCAAAGAGACCAUCUCUACCCUAACACCACAGGUCCCUAUCCAGAGAGACCAGCACCACCCCAACACCCAGGCCCAUCCAGAGAAGCACCACACCUACACACAUCGGGCCCCUUCCAAGAGAGACCAGCACACCUACAACCACAGGCCCAUCCAGAGAGACCAUCUCUACCCUACACCACCAGAUUACCCUACACCACCAGGCCCCAUCCCAGAGAGACCAGCACCACCAGGGCCCAUCCAGAAGAGACCAUUCUCUACCCUACACCACCAGCCCUAUCCAGAGAGACCCAGCACCCCACCCACACCACCAGGCUCCAGCAAGAGACCAGCACCACCCUACACCAUCGGGCCCCUUCCAGAGAGACCAGCACCACCCACUACACCACCAGGCCCCAUCCACAGAGAACCAUCUCUACCCUACACCACCAGGCCCCAUCCAGAGAGACCAGCACCACCAGGCCCCAUCCAAGAGACCAUCUCUACCCUACACCACCAGGCCCCAUCCAGAGAGACCAGCACCACCAAGCUCCAUCCAAAGAGACCAUCUCUACCCUACACCACCAGGCCCCAUCCAGAGAGACCAACCACCCAACACCACCAGGCCCAUCCAGAGAGACCAGCACCACCUACACCAUCGGGGCCCUUCCAGAGAGACCAGCACCACCCAACACCACCAGGCCCCAUCCAGAGAGACCAGCACACCUACACCAUCGGGCCCCCUUCCAGAGAGACCAGUGAUUGGGGCGUGAGCCUGACGCUCCCCAGGACCCGGGUGGUGAUGUGA